UUUCAGGUCUUUUCCUGUACCACAAAAUAAUGGAGUGACAGCUACCUUCAUUUCAUGUUCCUGGACAACAUUUCUUUAGUGUGCCACUUUGAGUCCCGAUGCCUGCCUUGAUCUGUUCAGCCUUAGCAGGCAGGGGAAGGUCUCACCUCCUAUCCUGCAUAAGAGGAUCAUGCCAGCAGCUUAGAGUUCCCUUGUCUUCUGGAGUUUGGCCUUGUGCAUCCAAGCAUAUAAACCUCCAUCAGGGCUGUCGUGGACCCCUUACUCCCCAAAUCACAGCCUCUGUCAGGUGCUCAGAUUUGUCCACACAGAAAUAUGACAUGAUUUAUAAAUUCCCUCACAUAAAGCUCUUCAGAGCCGUGUCCAGGCUAAAAUUACUCCAAACCGGGAUCACUGUGAUUAUCCUUCCACCUGUGUACAUUCUAUAUCUAAUGGGAGAUGUCUCCCUUUUUCUUGUCAACUACACGACGGGAACGGCUCUGUUUGCUGGUGUCAUGUUGUACACAGCUAGCCACUUCUUCAGGAGGGUUGUGGGAAUGAUGUACCUGGAUUCGGCCCAUAAUACGCUCAAAGUGUCCCACCUGACAUUCUGGGGUAGGCGCCAUGACAUCUACAUGCCCGUGUCUGAUGUUAUGACUAUUGCGGACACCGGGGACUCUUCACAUGAGACUGUACUGAAACUGAAGCGUUAUAGCACUCCCCAGACUUUGCUUUUCUCCACACGUUUUGGACAGGUGGUGGACAAGCAACGCUUUGAGAAGGUUUUUGGAAGUUCAAAUUGAUGUUUGCUAUGUGUCAUAAUGUUGCACAAUGUUAAUUUGUGUAACCAGACGACAUCAAGGUUAGAAGCACAGGAAUUCAAAUAUUAAGAUUAUUAAGGCUUCAGUGAAGAGUCAAUUUGCUCUGACCUCUGUCGCUAUAAUACAAAGAAAGGAAUUAGGUGAGAAAUAAAAGGAACGUGAAUAUUUCA